CCAAAGCUGUGGCAUCCAAUGCAGUGCUUACUGAGCUUGCUGACUGCUUUUCAAAGAUGGGGCAAUCCCAUUUGAACCCAGCCCCUAGUCUCAAGAUGGUGCAGGUUCAAGUGUCCAAACUGGAGCUGCUGUUCCUACAGUUGUUAAUGCAUCCAAGGAUGUGGGUAUGCUAGAAGACUUGCCAAAUUCAAACUCACCUUUCAAAACCAGCCAGGAAGAGAGCUUUGAAAAUGUUACCAGGACUUCAGCGGCACCACACACGGCUGUCUCUGCUCCUGUUAUUCUGAAUGGGAACCCUCAAGCUUCCAAUCCGUUUGCACAUUGUGCUCCCCUUGCAUCACAAGUCCCUGCUGGUGAUGAUGGGAAGGAAGCCAAGAAACAGAAUACCUGUCUUCCAACUAGGAAGCCUAAUCCCUUUGGUUUGCCCACCUUUCCUAUGAAUUACGGCUUCCCUUCACCCACUGAUUUUCCAUUUAGUGGAGUGCCUGUGGAAAAUGACUCAGCUCUGCGUUCUCCAAAAAGUCAUGCAAUUAAGAGAAGCGACUGCGUCAAUAAUCCCAUGGUUGGCAUGUUUCAUAGGGGUGUUCAAUGCGAUGGAUGUGGUGUUCAUCCAAUUACUGGACCUCGGUACACGUCCAAAGUGAAAGAAGAUUAUGAUCUCUGCAGUAUCUGCUUUGCUGCCAUGGGUAAUGAAGCUGAUUACAUAAAGAUGGACAGGCCGAUGUCUUGCCGUAAUCCUUGGUCUUCCAAGUGUUUCAAUGAUCCUACACAGAAAUCUUUGGCCUUCCCACAGCCUCUCUACAAAGGCUCCUGUGGAGUAAAGGGAGGUCAACCUAAGCUAGACAGCCGUUUUGUUUUGGAUGUCAAUGUCUCAGACGGUACUGUGAUGCCUUCAUCUACACCCUUUACCAAGAUAUGGCGAAUGCGCAACAGUGGUAGUGUUGCAUGGCCCCAGGGAGUGCGGCUUGUGUGGAUUGGUGGAGACCAGUUCUUCAGCGCUGAUUCUGUUGAGAUAGAGAUUCCAGUCAAUGGCGUGCCUAUUGAUGGUGAACUUGAUAUUGCAGCUGAUUUUGUAUCUCCUGCUCUGCCUGGUAGAUACAUAUCAUAUUGGAAGAUGGCACACCCAUCAGGUGUGAAAUUUGGACAGCGCAUCUGGGUUCUUAUUGAGGUUGAUGCUUCCCUGAAAGAUCCGUCCUUCAAAGAUCUGAACUUGAAUGAGUCCCCCAAUUGGAGUGGCUCUAAAUGCCAUGAAGAUUUGGAAAGAAUAAGCACUGCCCGAUUGUUGAUCAUGUUGAAGGAACGGGAAAGACUGCACUGCUUUGGGCCCAGGAAGCGAAGGGAAUGAGCUCGGCUUCAUCUC